CAGCAAGCAACUUGUUAGCAGGUUGAGUGGGGUUAGCUUCAAGCUGUGUUAGCUGACAAGAGCUCCUGAACAUGAUUAAAGAAAUUUACGAGGUGAUAAAGCUUUUGAUGACAUUGGUUCAUCGCGAUGGCAAACAGUUCAGGCCAUCCAGUUAUCGAAGGGAUGGAGGGCUUCUGGUGCAGUUGUCUACGGAUGCCCAUCAAUCCGACAAACUCACGUGCACAAUUGCUGCAGCUGGAGCGUGGUGUCCUCAAACAACAGAGGCUGUCUAUGCAGAGGUGACUGCAAGUCUCCCAGUGUCUGCCUCAGUCGGUGACGGCGAGUGUAGAGCAAGCGCAGAGUUGACCAGGUUUACAGCUUCUACAGGGCCAGCGAAUUUCAUACUCUCUUUUGAGGUGAGAAAUGUUGAAUCAGGUUGCCAGAAGGAGUGGGAUCAAAUGGAGUCCUUUCUUCAUAGGAUCAGUCUAAUUCAUGCUCAGUUGAAAAUAUGGUAUGAAGUAAAAGACAAUAGAAAGACUCAUCAGGUUAUAUUUGGGGAUGAUGUGAACAGCAAGAUCCUGCUGAAGAAUCAAAGCAUUGUCAUGGACAUUGCCAGCUAUCAGCUUUCUCCCUUCUCUGUGGGGGGUUUAGAGUCAUGUGACCAGAUGCAUGGUGUGAUGGGUGCGGAGGUGCCACUGGUGCUGCCUCCUGGGCUGCUGGAGACGGGCCUCUGCGGGGAGGCCAGCAUCAUCCCCAUGGCAACACUGGCACCCUGCAUGGACCAGUACCCCAACUGGCCUGUCCGCCUGUCAGCAAUCCAGGUGCUAGUGUACAGCCCUUGCUGUGUGCCUCUCCUGGAGACGCUCAACAUGGCCGCUCCCCUGAGCUUCCUCCAGGCGCUAACAACCUCAGUGCAUUGGGAGCGCUGGGGCCUCUCUGGGGUUACCUGUGCCGAUAAACAGAUGGUAGAGGGGAAAGAGCCAGGACCAAGAGGUUCCCUGUGCUGUGACAUAGUGUUUGGUGUAGAGAGCACAGAGGGUGACCAGGAAGUGGGGCCUCAGUGGAGCCCGACCGUCAGCCAGACCCUCACUCUCUUCCUCUUCCUCCAGCACUCUGACCCCUUCCAUUCCCAGCUCUCUGAUAUCAUGGCCAAUGAAGAGGAGUUGGAGAAACACUUAGACCAGGUGCUCUGGCACAACAGCGAAAGGGUGACCUCAUCACUUAACUCUCUUCUGCAGAGGAUUCUUGACCCUUAUCAGAAAAAAUGCUCAAAUCAUGAAAAGAUGCAGUCAGCGCUAUCUGUGAUCCAAAGCUCCCUGACCACUGUCAUGAACAGCAGUAGCAGUGUUGAGUUCCGGAAUGCCUGCUUGGGCCAUAUGAAGGCACAGGACACACAUCAGGUCUCAAUGUGUCUGGGUCGAUCCCUUCACAGUGUCACAGAAGGCCGCUUUAUUCCCAUUUACAGGUGUACCAAUAAAAAGCCUGGUGUUAGUGGUGGUCAAAACUCCACUGUCCAAAAAGCUGAUGGCCAAGACAGAAACCCGCACUCGCUGAGGCAUCCCAGUCCCAGGAAACGCUGCUUUCCCCUUCAGACGCUUCUGAUAGCCAACUCUAUUGCUCAAACACAGCAUCUGUGA